GCUUCACUAAAUUUUAUCACAAUGCGUCAUACUGAGCUACCUUUUUUUCCUUUAUAAAUCCUAUCCACAAUUAAAAAGUGACGAUCCCUUUUUUUCGUGCGCAUAACAAAGAAGUAAUUGAUUGCUAGGCAGCUAAGCCAUAAUUCGCAUUUCGCAAUUGACUAUACCUGAAUCUACCUAUCGCAAUGUCAGCCAACCCAUUCCUCUUAGCUGCCGACAACAGCCCAUCUCUACUGCCCCUCCUUCGCGAAAAUCCAGCUCUAGCUUCCGAGCAAGAUGCUCAUGGCUACUCCUUGGUUCAUGCAGCAGCAAGCUAUAACCAUCUCGACCUUCUUCGUGCGUUAAUUCGCGAGUUUAACGUCGAUGUCAAUUUGCGCGACGAGGACGAUGAGACUGCCCUUUUUGUUGUCGAAACCGUGGAAGCUGCUCGACUCUUGGUCGAAGAGCUAGGAGUCGAUAUCAAGAUCAAAGGUUCGGAGGGAUAUACCGCCCGCCAAAAGAUAGAUGAAGAGGGCGACUUCCCCCAAGUUGCUGAAUAUCUAAAAAGCAAGGAGGACGCUGGUCGCGCUCAAGAUCUACUAAACGGGACCAAUGGAGACACAGGUAUCGCGCCACCUCUACCCGAAGGCCUCAAUGUAUCUGUCAGCACCAUAACGCCCGCCGAAGAAAACGAUCUCGAAGUUGAUCCCGAAUUCCGAAGACGGAUAGAGGAAUUAGCUGGGCGGGACGAUUUCCAGUCAGAAGCUGGCCAGGCUGAACUCAGACGACUAGUCCUAGACGCCAUAGCAGAGCAAAACCUUGCGGAUCGCAAUGUCCGGUCAAGACAGGACUAAAUUAAUCGGAUGCGGUAUCAUUU